GGCUCCGGACGCGGCUUUUAGCCUGUGGAAAAUGUACCGGAGUUCCUUUUGUUUCAGAAAGCCCAGGAUGAACAGAAGACAGCAGAUUUGGGUCCGGAAAAAAAUGGAUCCGCGGGUAUCGGAGAUCUUCGGUACAAGUUCCGCUUUGAAAGCGGGCGCCGCUCCAGGAACCGGCUCGGCUGUCGUGGCUCCGAAGAAGGUGCUUUCAAAAAAUAGUAGAAAGACAAAGAGCCGGUCGGGACGAUACCCCAAAUCGAGCAAUAACCAGCCCUAUCUACCUCCGGAGGUUGAAGAGGGAAAUAUAGAGUAUAAGCUAAAACUGGUGAACCCUACGCAGUAUCGUUUCGAGCACCUGGCAACACAGAUGAAAUGGAGGCUGCAGGAAGGCAGGGGCGAGGCCGUGUAUCAAAUCGGCGUGGAAGACAAUGGCAUGCUGGUUGGAUUAUCUGAGGAAGAAAUGAGAGCCUCACUCAGGACCCUCCAUAUGAUGGCUGAGAAGGUUGGUGCAGACAUUACUGUUCUCAGAGAGAGGGAGGUGGAUUAUGACUCAGAAGAACCACAAAGAAUUGCAGAAGUCCUCGUCAGGAAAGUGCCAGAUGACCAGCAGUUCCUGGACCUACGGGUAGCGGUGCUGGGUAACGUGGACUCUGGGAAGUCCACUCUCCUUGGUGUGCUCACACAAGGGGAGCUGGACAAUGGCAGGGGCAGAGCACGACUGAACCUCUUUCGACAUCUUCAUGAGAUUCAGACAGGCAGGACCUCUAGUAUCAGCUUUGAGAUCCUGGGUUUUAACAGCAAAGGAGAUGCGGUGAAUUACAGCGAGUCGCGGACAGUGGAGGAAAUCUGCGAGAGUGCCUCAAAAAUGAUCACCUUCAUCGACUUGGCUGGUCAUCACAAAUAUCUGAAGACUACCAUCUUUGGCCUUACCAGCUAUUGCCCUGACUUCGCCAUGCUGGUGGUCAGCGCAAACACCGGCAUUGUGGGCACCACACGGGAGCACCUGGGUCUGGCCAUGGCUCUGAAGGUGCCGAUCUUCAUCGUGGUCAGUAAGGUUGACCUGUGCACAAAAGCCACGGUGGAGAGAACUAUACGUCAGCUGGAACGCGUCCUCAAGCAGCCCGGAUGCAACAAAAUUCCACUGGUGGUGAACAGCAAAGACGAUGCAGUGACCUCAGCUCAGCAGUUUGCACAGUCGCCGAGUAUCACACCAAUCUUCAUGUUGUCCAGUGUGUCUGGGGAGAACCUGGACCUGCUCAUGGUGUUCUUUAACAUCCUACCUCCUCUCAGCAACAGCAAAGAGCAAGAGGAGCUCAUGCAACAGCUCACAGAGUUCCAGGUUGAUGAGAUUUACACAGUACCUGAGGUAGGGACUGUAGUAGGUGGAACUCUUUACAGUGGUAUCUGCCGGGAAGGGGAGCAGUUAGUGGUAGGACCAAUGGAUGACGGGCAGUUCUGCAAUCUCACCGUGUGCAGCAUCCAGAGAAACCGAUCAGCAUGCAGAGUGCUUCGAGCGGGACAGGCAGCCACGCUGGCACUGGGCGAAUUUGACCGUUCGCUCUUACGAAAGGGAAUGGUGAUGGUCAGUCCUGAGAUGAAUCCCACCAUCUGCUGGAUGUUUGAAGCUGAGAUUGUGCUGCUCUUCCAUGCCAAGACUUUCCACAAGGGCUUCCAGGUGACCGUGCACGUCGGCAACGUGAGACAGACGGCCACAGUGGAGGCUCUGCAAGGGAAGGAGGAACUACGUACGGGUGAGAAAGCAGUGGCACUGUUCAAGUUCAUCAAACACCCAGAGUACCUCAAAGUGGGAGCCAAGCUGAUUUUCAGACACGGAGUUACCAAAGGCAUCGGACAAGUCACCAAACUGCAGCCAUUAUCCCAGUACCAACACCAAGCGUAGAGUCUGAGUCUUACUCGAGUCUCUUCUCACUCAGAGAAAACAUAAGCACAGAUAUACCAGAAUCCACCAUUCAUUCAUUCAUACUACACCUUUUGUUUUUACCAAAGCCUCUCUCUCACCGAACUAAAGCAUUUUUUUAAAUGAA